AUGUCGUCCACAAAGUCACCAGCAGCAAACCCGAGCAUAACGCCUGACCUUGCUCAAGACGGUUCAAUCAUCCGCAAAGCCUUCGUUCUCGAAGCCGUUGCAAAUCUCUUCACCAUUCCUCUAAUCACAAACACACGAUUCACUCUCUCACUACUUCUCAACAAUCCGUCUCGGGACAUCAACCCGGCAUCAAUCUUAUUCGCGCGCCUUUUCGGUGGCUUGAUUGUUGGUGGACUUACAUCGGCACUGUUCGCUGGCGCAACCAAUACUAGAAAUGGCAUCGAGUCUAGGAGGCCGACUUACUUACUGUUGGGCCUAGGCGAAGCAUGCCUGAUUCCUAUUCUGAUGCUGGAGUUGAUACAAGGGGCGCCUCGUGCAGCACUAAGUAGGACGGUUGCAGGGGUAAGUAUUGGGUUUUUGCUGCCUCCAUUGCUGUGGAGGAUGUAUGUACUGUUCGUCAGGCCGGAUUUGCUGGGUAGAUAUACAGAAGAGAGAAAGGACAAUCGUGGUGCAGGCAGGAGAGACGGAUAUGAUUCUAUCAAUACGCGUGACGAUUGA